AUGGGGACUGAACAAGAUCCGGUGGACGUCGGGCAAGCGGCCGCCGUUGAAAAUGCGAAGGCCCAGGAGGAAGCCGCCCUCGCCAGCGCUAACAGAGCCCAGGAGCGGAUGGUAGAAGAAGCCAGGAAUGCUGGUGUGCCUGCGUUUACGUUCGACCCUGACGCCACCCUCGAGGAGAAGCGAGCCAAGGCACGAGCUGCUAUCCCGAAAGACCUCCAACGACCCCAUGGCUUCUCCGUCAUUACAGACGCCGACGAGAGCGGCAUGCCUGUCACUGACCUGCCCGAGGCCACAACUGCCGGAGUUUUGGAUGUACCCAAGGAUAUGGAAGGCAGGCCCGUCAGGGACGGCGAAGAUCCGGAAUCUGGCGAGGUUCCCUUCUCCAAGACCGGUUGGGCGCCACAAUUCGGUUGGCCAGCGGAGGGUGUUCAAGAAGGCGAGAGCCUCUUAGAUCAUUCUACCUGGUUGGAGGAUAGCCUCCCUAAUCAUCUCUAUGGAGACUGGUACCAUAAUGCCGCCGUCAUCGUCUUCGCUUGUCUGUUUUCGUGGCUUGUCGCGGUGCUGGGUGGUGGCCUUGGGUGGGUCUUCAUCAUUAUGGCCUUCUGCGCUACUUACUACAGAACCUCUCUUCGGCGCGUGCGACGAAACUUCCGCGACGACAUCACGCGCGAGAUGGCGCUCAAGAAGCUCGACACGGAUACCGAAUCCCUAGAAUGGAUCAAUUCGUUCCUUGUCAAGUUCUGGCCGAUCUACCAACCUGUCCUCGCCCAGACCAUCAUCAACUCGGUCGACCAGGUUCUCAGCACCGCCACUCCUGCUUUCCUCGAUAGCUUGAAGCUCAAGACCUUCACUCUCGGUUCCAAGCCGCCGCGGAUGGAGCACGUCAAGACUUAUCCCAAGGCCGAGGACGAUGUCGUCAUCAUGGACUGGAAGUUCAGCUUCACCCCCAAUGACACGGCCGAUAUGACCUCCCGCCAGAUCAAGAACAAGAUUAACCCCAAGGUCGUUCUCGAGAUCCGAAUUGGCAAGGCGAUGAUUAGCAAGGGCCUUGACGUUAUUGUUGAAGAUAUGGCUUUCUCAGGCCUCAUGCGACUCAAGAUCAAGUUCCAGAUUCCGUUCCCCCAUAUCGAAAAGGUUGAGAUGUGCUUCCUCGAGCGACCCACCAUCGACUAUGUCUGUAAGCCUCUUGGCGGUGAAAUGUUUGGUUUUGACAUCAACAUUAUUCCCGGUUUGGAGAGCUUCAUCCUCGAGCAGAUUCACGGAAACCUUGCCCCCAUGAUGUAUGCCCCGCAUGUCUUCCCCAUCGAGGUCGCCAAGAUGCUGUCGGGUACUCCUGUCGACCAGGCCAUCGGCGUACUCGCCGUCACCAUCCAUGGUGCACAGGGCCUCAAGAACACGGACAACUUCGCUGGCACCGUCGAUCCUUAUUCCGUCCUUACCUUAAACAGGCGAACAGAGCUCGCAAGGACAAAGGUCAUCAAAGACACUGCCAAUCCACGAUGGAACGAGACCCACUACAUCAUUGUCACCACCUUCAACGAUACUUUGUGCAUGCAAGUCUUUGACUUUAAUGAAAUCAGAAAGCACAAAGAGCUCGGUGUUGCCUCGUUCCCUCUUGAAAAUCUCGAGGAGAUUACCGAGUAUGAGAAUGAGCGACUCGAGGUUACGUCCGACGGCAAGGCUCGUGGUAUCUUGUCCUGCGAUAUUAGAUUCUUCCCCGUCCUUAGCGGUCAAAAGAACGAAGAUGGUACGGAGGAGCCGCCCCCAGAAUCUAAUCAGGGUAUUCUGCGCUUCACCGUCGAGCAGGCGAAGGAACUCGAUGGCAGCAAGAGUCUUGUCGGCCAACUCAACCCGUAUGCCAUUUUGCACCUCAACGGCCAUGACGUCCAUGCUACCAAGAAGUUGAAGCGCACAAACAAUCCCAUCUGGGACAAUGGUUACAAGGAAAUGCUCAUCACAGACAAGAGGCAUGCCAAACUCGGCGUCACUAUCAAGGACGACAGGGAUUUGGCCGGCGACCAAACCCUCGGAAAAUACCAGAUUAAGCUCACCGAUCUUCUCGACUGCACCGAAGAAGGCAAGGAGUGGUUCAUGCUUUCCAACGCCAAGACCGGCCGUGUGAAGAUGAAGGCUCAAUGGAAGCCCGUUGUUAUCUCUGGUGUCAUGGCCGGCACUGGAGGCUACGUCACGCCUAUCGGUGUUAUGAGGUUCCACUUUAUCCGCGCGAACGAUCUCCGUAACUUUGAGGCUAUGGGCAAGUCGGAUCCCUAUGUCCGCGUCCUGCAGUCUGGAAUCGAAAAGGCCCGAACUGUCACCUUCCAAAACGAUCUCAACCCCGAGUGGGACGAAGUCCUCUACGUCCCUGUCCACUCAUCUCGCGAGAGACUUACCCUUGAUGUCAUGGAUGCCGAGAAGAUGGGUAAAGAUCGCAGCCUUGGUUUGAUCGAAGUCCAGACGAGCAAGUAUAUUCACCAGGAUGAGAACGGUGAAUACCUCGUUCAUGAUGAAAAGGAAGUGCACAAGGAUGGUCUCCGUCUCCACGGCAAGGGUAUCGAGAAGGGUCGUCUGACUUACACCGUAUCGUUCUACCCCUGCCUCAACAUCGCUGAUCCUGAAGACGAAGAAGAGGAGGCGGCUGCUGGUGAGGCGGCUGCUGACGGAACCCCCGAUGGAGCUGCCAACGGAACUGUCAGCAAAACUCCGAGCCCGAGGCCCUCGUCCGAUCUCAGGUCCAUCUCGACGGCCAAGAGUCGACCUAGUCUCGAGGCUCCUGCAGUCGAUGGCGAGCCAAGCACCCCCAGAACUCCUAGAACGCCAGUUACUCCGACCGCGAAUGGCCAUCCUAAGAAGGAGCGACCAGAGCCUCCUAAGAUUCGCAUGACACCGGAGGAGCUCCUGAAGCACGAAACUGGCCUCCUCAUCUUCCGCCUCAUGGAUGCGGAGUUCCAGAGGAGUAAUUGCCGCGUCGAGGUAUUCGUUGAUGAUAUGGCCUUCCCAUCCUACGUGUCAUCAGUCGCCAGGUCUAGGACGCAUAAAUUCGAGGAAGUUGGCGACUGCGUGAUUCGUGAGCUCGACUUCUCUCGGCUGACGCUCAGAGUGACGGAAGGCAAAGGUGACAAGCGUCGUGAGGGUGCCGAGGAUGAUGUCAUUGCUCGAUUGGGCGGUAACACCCUGGAUACUUUGAAGCAGUGCUUGAAUAACCCCACGACGCUCAAGCUCAAGGGUGAAGAUGGUGGCAUCAGCACUAUCAAGAUUAGCCUCAAGUACGUCCCCAUCCAAAUGCGGCUCGAUCCCAGCGAGAGCAUCAACAACAUGGGCACCCUUCGUGUCGAUGUGAUCGAGGCCCAGGAUCUUCAGGCUGCCGACUCGAACGGCAAGAGCGAUCCUUACUGCAAGUUCGAUCUCAACGGGCAGGAGGUGUACAAGACCAAGACAAUCAAGAAGACGUUGAAUCCUGUAUGGAACGAGUACUUCGAAGUGCCGGUGCCAUCUCGAACGGGGGCCAAAUUCCGCCUCUCUGUCUGGGACUGGGAUCUCGCGAGCCAGCCGGAUCCCCUUGGUGAGGCUGACAUCAGCCUUUCGGAACUCGAGCCUUUUAGGCCAAUGGAGACUCGGGUGUUGCUCGAUGCUAAAUCUGGCUCGGUGAAGCUACGGAUGGUCUUCCGACCGUCGUAUGUCACUCGACAGCGCCAAGGUACUUCGACUUUCGCCGGAACUUUCGCCUCAGCGCCCGGUCGCGUUGUUACCGGUGUUGCGGGUGUGCCCGUCAAGGCAGUUGGAGCCGUUGGCCACGGCGUGGGCAAGGGAGCCUCGUUCAUCAAGCGUGGUUUCAGGGGCAAGAAGGAUGAUGACUCGGGAUCCUCGACGCCAAGUAUCCCCGAGGUGCCUGUGCCCACAAUCACUACUAACGGUGGUGGCGGUAUUCCCGGUCUCGGAAUGAAGCGCGCAACCGGACUUUCCCUCGCAGACGCCGAUGGCGCUGCCAGGCCCAGUACGGCGCACAGCAGCUUGGGCCACUCUCGCACUAAGAGCAUAGGUCAAGCCUCGAUAAACAGCAUGCUUCCUCCGGGUGUGGCGUCGGGUACAGCUACCUUCAACGUCAUUUCGGCGAGCGGUUUCCCUACUUCAGAUGACCUCUACGUGGCGAUUUUCCAGACGGCGCCCAAACAGAAGACGGUGGGCAAGACCAAGCACCGCGACGCGUCGGACGGCGUGUUCAAGUUUGAUGAGACGUUCAAGUUCGUCUGCCAACCUGACGCCGUCUUCCAGAUCCAAGUGAAGGAGCACCACAAGCUACGAAGCGAUGAUGACCUGGGCGAGACGAUGUUCUUCAUCGAUGACAGCGGUAGCGGUCAGGAGAAGCAGGUCAAGAUAAACGAGGGCACCGUCGUCAUCAAGAGCUCAUUCGUUCCAACUUCGGACUCUCUGGCGCCUACGGAUAGCCCCAAGUCUUCCGGGCUCAAGAGGGGUUUCCUCAGCAAGCGGGAGUCACGCAGUAGGGAGACGACUCCCAUCGCGGAGUAA